AUGUCUUCGUACCAUGCUUCAUAUCACAGUAGACACUCAUCAGACGGUGAAGGCAGGAAGCGUCAUAGUAGACAUUCUGACGAAGAGAAACAAGUGGAAAGAAAACACAAAAAGAAAGCUAAAAAAGAAUCGAAGAAACAUAAAAAAGAACAUAAAUCAGAUAAAUUAGAUAAUUCAGAUAAAAUGUCAUAUAUAGAUUUGUCGAUUUACUCAAAUAACGACAAUCCAUUUAAUGAUGCUAACUUAGGAGAAAAGUUCGUAUGGACUAAGAAGAAGGAUCGCGAAAAGAAAUCAGGCUUAACUCCUGAAGAGAUAUUUCGUCAAGAGAAACAACGUCGUGAAGAAACGCAGCUCGAACUUGAAAAAUUGAAAAAGAGGAGAGUAGAACGUGAAGUAGAACAGCAAUUGAGAGAAGAGGAGCUUGCACGGAUGCAACGGGAGGCCGAAUUUGCAUCUAUGGGUGAUUGGGCAUCUAAAGAAGAUGAAUUCCAUCUUGAACAAGCAAAACGCCGUGCAGAAAUUCGUAUCAAGGAAAAUAGAGCAAAGCCAAUAGAUAUUCUUGCCAUCAAUUUGCAGGUUGAAGAAUUACAUCAAGAUAUUCAGAGAUAUUUAAGUCUUGAAAAAAAUCCAAAUAAUCUUGAUUUCUGGAGAGCAAUGAUCGUGGUAUGUGAUGAUAAACUUUCCGAGCUUCAAGCGGAAGAAAAAAAUCUUACUAGUAAUGUUACGGCUGUUGUCAAAGAUGACAUCAAUAAGUUGUUGGCUGGUAAAACUUAUGAACAAUUAAACAAAUUGCAAGCUCAGAUUCAACAAAAGUUAUCUGGGCAAGAAGCUGUGGAAGUUGAAUAUUGGGAACAGCAAUUGAAAACUAUAACUGUUUGGAAAGCAAAGGCUAAAUUAAAGGCAAUGCAUGAAAUUGUAUUACACAAGAGAUUGGAACAAUUAAGGAGAAAACAGAGACAAGAAGCUAUCAAAGUGCAGGAAGAAUUAGAGACAGCACUUGCAUCACAUAAUUUGCAUGUUAGGAUAGAAGGACGACAUGAACCUCUUGAUGAAGCAGUAUUAGAGGAAGAAGACGAUUCUUUGAUCGAGGAAUAUGAUGUGUCGAUGAGUCCAAAACCUUUUGACAAAUUACCAAGAGAAGACAAACAAUAUGACAUUUUUGAUCUUGAGGAAGACAUGAAAGCAUUGAGAGAAAAACGUAAAGAGGUUCUUCGUAACCAAUUUAUUCCAAUGAAAAUUCAACAAAAGAAACCUACUAUAGAAGAGGAGGAAGAUUCUGUAGUUUCUAAAGUAUUAUAUGAACGAGAGGCUGCCAAAGAUUUAGACGAAGAUGAAGCUAUAUUUAAUAUUGAGGAAGAAUUAGCCAAAACGACAUAUUUAUGGCAAGACAAAUAUCGUCCAAGGAAACCUCGAUAUUUUAAUCGUGUUCAUACAGGAUAUGAAUGGAAUAAAUAUAAUCAGACUCAUUAUGAUAGUGAUAAUCCACCUCCAAAGGUUGUUCAAGGAUACAAAUUCAAUAUAUUUUAUCCUGAUCUGAUUGAUAAGUCCAAAGCUCCAACAUAUAAAAUUGAAAGAGAACCUGGAAACAAUGAUACCGAUAUUGCAUUUCGUAUUGUUAAUCGUGAAUGGGAAUAUUCUCAUAAGAAAGGCUUUAAAUCAAGUUUCGAUCGUGGUGUUUUACAAUUACAUUUCCAUUUUAAACGUCAUUAUUAUCGUCGUUAA